AUGUUGCCAGAAAUUAACGAAUCACUCUUUCUCGAGAAUUCACUUAAGAUAUAUCUAUCCAAAUACAAGACCAAGGAGGAUCGUGACGAGAAAAGAGAGCUUUAUAUAGCGUUCAUAGUAGCAUUAGAGAUGAGUACAAGACCAGGAGACGUGAUGAAAUGCAGGCAGCUUCCAUCAGGUGAUGUAAUUGCGGUCUUCACUAAUGAGAAGAUGAGGAAACAGCUGCUGGAGUACGGAAGGAUAGUGAUCCAGCAAGGAAACCAAAAUGUAAAUGUACUGGUUGGGCCAGUUGGAAGAGAAGGGGAAAUCAAUUAUGCCAAAUAUCUAAUACAGGUGACUUUACCAGCGGAAGUAGGUAUAGAAGCUGUAACAGAAGCAUUGAGUAGCAAAUGCAAAAUUGUGGAGAUUAUUGUCGAUAACACCAUAAGGAAUAUGAACACUUGAUAUGCAGUUCACUUUAGCCCAGAAUCCAAAUGCAAGAUCUACGGAGAAUUCCGGAGGUUGGAAGAUGCAAUCGAUUUGCCAGAAGAGAUCAUCAUAAGGGGGAAGAGAAUCUACCUUAACCAUGCAGCAUCACUAUACUGUGAGACAUGCGGACAAAUUGGCCAUAACAGCGAAGGGCACAUGAAGAUAGAACAAAGGAGGCAAGAAAGGAUAAGAAUUGAUUGUAUCAGGAGGAAGAAGAAGGAGGAAGAAAAGAAAAAGCGCGUGGCAACUGCUGCGGAUACUUUAGCCCUUAGAAUGAAAUUAGAAGAGGAUAAGCAUAAUAACUCUACAUAUGCUGACCUGAUAAGCUUUGAAGAGAAGAAAAAGGAAAAUCAGGAAAUACAGGUAAAGGAGGACACUCAUGGGCCUAGAAAAAGAACACCGAUUGAGUCAGGGAUGGAUGCUCAGGCGACGAAGUGAGCCAGAAGAGCGGAAAAUAAGGUGACAACGAUCGCUCAUGUCAAUGCGUAUGAAAUCAAGCAGAAGAAACAACAAAUAAAGCAGUUUUUAGAGGACACAAAUGCAGAAAUACUAGGCGUCAGCGAAACUCACUGCUCUGAAGCAGAUUUACUACCAUCGAUAGACGGAUAUAGUUGACUACACAAUCCAGGGUCAGAAAGAAGUUCUGGGGUAGGAAUACUGUUUAAAAAGAGGCUAGUUACAGGAGAAACAAAACUGUUUAUGAAAGGAAAAAUUGUAGGGACAUCAAUAGCAAAUCUCACAGUGAUAGAAGCAUACUCUGGAAUCAUCCCAGUAUUUAUUGCUUGCGCAUAA